GGCUGCUUCUUAGCAUAGCAACUAGCCAACAUAAAUUUUGCUUUGAUCUUGACAGUUUUUUCUCUCACAAACCGAAGCAAGAGAUGCCACCAAAGAGGCAGAUUGCAUUACAGGAGACUGUGGAGAGCGAGGAAGAAUGGAAUAACUUUGUGUCAAAGGAAGGACUCCAAGUGAUGGACAUUUACACUGAGUGGUGUGGACCGUGCAAGGCUGUGACUGGGCUAUUCAGGAGACUCAAGAAUGAGCUCGGAGAUGAUUUGCUCAGAUUUGCUAUUGCAAAGAGCAACACCAUUGAUUUCCUGGAGCCAUACAGGGGGCACUCUGAACCAACUUUCCUCAUGUACUCAGGUGGUGUUUUGGUGUCUGUGGUGAGAGGGGCAAUGGGGCCUCAACUCGAGAAAAAUAUUAAGAAACAGCUGGAAAUAGAGCACAAGGUCAUCGACGAGGGCAUUGAAAGAACUCCAAUUGUGGACGAGAGUCUGGAUGCUGAAGAGGUGGUGCUGGAGGAUGAAGUGGUGGAGGAGGAGCCAGUUGAGGAACAGAGGCCUGAACCAACUCGCAAGGAAUGCACCGUCAUGGUCAUCAAACCAGACGCUGUCCAGGCUGGGAAAAUUGACGAAAUUGUGGAAAGGUUGAAAGCUGAGGGAAUGGAAGUGUUAGCCAUGGAAGAGAGGAUUCUUAGCAAAGAGGAGGCAGCUGAAUUCUACAAGCAGCAUGAAGGAGUGGAUCAUUUUGAGGAGCUGGUUGAGUUCAUGAGCAGUGGCCCGUGCAUGACGCUGGUACUAACCAAAGGUGACACUGGAGAAGGUGUCUUGGAGGACCUACGAACUGUCAUUGGGCCAAAAGAUGUGGAGCUGGCAAAAACAGAAGCCCCUGAGAGUUUGCGAGCAACCUUUGGUACAGAUGCUAAGAUGAAUGCAGUACAUGCCAGUGACUCUCAGGAAACAGCUGCUCGAGAAUUGGCCUUUUUUCUGCCCCGAUUUAAAGUGCCAUGGGUACCGGGUACUGAGCCUCCUAUUGAGAAGACCCUUGCUCUAAUUCGCCCCGAGGCAUUGGCCAUGCACAAAGAGGCUAUAAUGGAGAAAAUUAAUGAAGCUGGAUUUGAAGUGGCCUUUCAAAAGGAACUUACACUCACUAAGGAACAAGCCAUGGAGUUCUAUAAGGAACAUGAAGGCAAAGACUUCUAUGACUCCCUCACCACCAGCAUGUCCAGUGGCCCCAUGCUGGCUCUCUGUCUUGCAAGAGAGGAGGCAGUUUCUGAGUGGAGGAAGCUAUUGGGUCCAAAGAUUGUUGAAAAAGCUGAGCAAGAGGACCCUGAAUCGUCUGACGACGCACAACCCAAUCUUCGAGCUGAGUUCUCAGUGGAGGGGGCAGAAAUCAACCCGCUCCACGGGUCGUCCAAUCCUGACGAGGCUGAGAAAGAAAUCGGGUUCUUUUUUCCAGUGGAGAAUACGUUGGCAGUCAUCAAGCCAGGAGCUUUCAACGAGCAAGAAGAUAUUCUGUCUAAGAUUGAGGAGUCUGGGUUUAAGAUAUCCAUGAGCAAGAAGGCCCAGCUGACCAAGGAGAUGGCUGAGCAGUUAUACAGUGGACACAAGGACUCUGAGUACUUUGAAGAGCUCACCACAAUGAUGACAACUGGUGAGUCUUUGUUCAUGGUGUUGUCUCGUGAGGAUGCAGUGCUGGGCUGGAGGGCUCUGAUGGGACCUGUGAACCCAGAGGAGGCCAAGGAUCAACAACCUAACUCAAUCCGGGCUCAGUUCGGUCUGUCCAUUGUCGAAAACGCAGUCCAUGGGAGCUCCAGUAAUGAGCAUGCUAUCAAAGAGAUUGACGAAUUGUUUGCUGAAGAGUUAGCACCCAAGGAGGAAGGGGUUGCUGAAGAGUUAGCACCCAAGAAGGAAGGGGUUGCUGAAGAGACAGCACCCAAGGAGGAAGGGGUUGCUGAAGAGACAGCACCCAAGGAGGAAGGGGUUGCUGAAGAGAUAACACCCAAGGAGGAAGGGGUUGCUGAAGAAACAACACCCAAGGAGGAAGGGGUUGCUGAAGAGUUAGCACCCAAGAAGGAAGGGGUUGCUGAAGAGACAGCACCCAAGGAGGAAGGGGUUGCUGAAGAGACAGCACCCAAGGAGGAAGGGGUUGCUGAAGAGACAGCACCCAAGGAGGAAGGGGUUGCUGAAGAGACAGCACCCAAGGAGGAAGGUGAACAGUUAGCACCCAAGGAGGAAGGGGUUGCUGAAAAGGUAGCACCCAAGGAGGAAGGGGAUGAUUCUCCACCCCAGGAGGACAGUUAAUUGACUUUCUUUAAUGAUAAUUAUACGUGUAUCUAUCUUGUCACUUGCAACACUUAUCACUUAUGCCAUUUUUAUUAUCCCACUCUAUUAUUGACAUGCAUGAUAAAAAUAAAAAUAUAUUGUGUGCUCACAAGAUAACAGUCUAAAAAAGUAUAAUACUAUUGUUUUUUCUCAA